UCAGAAAUCCUAGCUGCGCAGGCCGUUUCUCGGAGACAAUACUCUCAUGGUCGUACUGGAGAUUCUUUCUCUACAAACAAUGUUUCAUAGAAGAGUACAGGUUUCAUCAGUCAGCGAUGGCAGCGAACAGUCACAAAUCCCAGUCACAUAGGCCGUAUCUUGGAGUCAAAAUUACGAUCAAACUUGUUACUUUCAAAUUCUUCUAUCAGAGCCAGAAUCUCUCGUUGUCCAGCACCCAAAAUAUGUCCCGGCCCGCCAAUGAUUCCUUCGCUAAGAUUGCUCGGAAGCUCGGGAAUGAAUGGUACAGCGAAUCGACCCCGACAGACCCGUAUACUCUGCCUACAGAGAUGACGAACUUUCUCGACGGCGUCAGCCGGGAAACCAUCGGAAGAAUCAAGAAGGUGGUAGUGCUUGAGCCAGGUUUUGUCGGCAGCUCUAAAGGCCGCCUACGCAUCCAGAUGGCAUAUGACGUGGUCCGCUAUAUCUUUGUCACAAAUCGGCUUCACGAGAAGCCGUGGCACAAACCCAACACCCCGAUCAUGGUCUUUCUUCAUAACGACUGGUACGACUACAACUCUGAGGAUGAAACGGCAAUCGCCGAACAACUCUUCCACUGUGAAAAUCCCAAACUUGUUUCCCCUGUGUUGCCAGAGUCUCGAGUUCCACAGGAUCAAUUCGCUCAGGUCACCGCGACCGCUGACAAUGAGAAGGCCAAACGGGAUCCGAAUGAUGAGAGCAUGGAACAACUUUCCAAAUACAAUCUCGAUGACGCAACACUGCUGAUACAUUGGAGUCCACAACUUCUCUCAGCUGUCGACCAAUGGGGCCGUAACAACUUAAAAUACCGUCCACCUGUCCUCAUCUGCCCUAAGAUGUACAAGGAGACCGCGCCUGAGGAUGCUGCUUACACAACUGGCAGAGAGUUCUCUGUGAAGAAGGGUAUCUUCGUUCAUGUGGAGAAGCCACCCGAGUCUUUCAAGUUACCAAUGCUCGAUGAGUGGUAUUGCCACGGCUUGGAUAGGAGUUCUCCAUACAAAAUCCCCCGAUGUACCGAAGAAUUCCUGGAUGACAUGGGGGAAAUUGCAAAGGAGAUUGAGAGCGUGACAGCCAUCUGUCUAGAAGAUGCUUGCCUCAUAGAGGCUCAGUUACAAUGCCUGAUGCUUUAUGAUGUGGUCCGCUAUCUGUAUCUCAAAAAGAAAGAGAGAAAUCCAAUCAAUGUCCACAUUCAGUGGUGGGAAGGCGAAGACUACGAUUGGUCGAAAACAUCCCUCAAAGCCAUGUUCGAAGCAGAAGACCCCAGCAAACCCAAUUCCGUGCUGCCACCGAAACGCAUUCCGCAAGAUCAAUUCGCAAAGCUCCGACUGUCCACACAUAACGAAGAAUACAAGACGGACAAAAAGACCUUGCUGAUGUACUUCGAAUGGCAAGGCCACCAGAGUCGUUUCUGGGAGAAGGUUAAAGACCCUGCCACUCGUCCCCCUGUGGUCAUUUGCUAUGAUCUGUACGCCCCGAACAGAAUCGAGAGAUAUAGAGAGAUAGUUCAGGACUACCAUCAGGGCGCCAAGUACUCUGGGUUCACAAAUAAAAAGCUGCCAGCAUAUCAUAUGCAUCGGGAAAAAUCACAAACAACGUCUAGCGAGGAUCUCUCGGGCGAUACUGAAUACCCCGGUUCCGCCGACACAGAUGAAUUGAUACAGUCCAAGCGCGUCCCCCCGCCCAAAAAUCAAGCUCCGCCUCCGUCCACGAACUCAAGAGGCCGUUCUCGGCCCGCGAGUCUCUCUCCUCCAGCUGAUGAGAGGAACAAAUCCGAAAUCGAAAAGUCAGCCGCUUCCAAAGCCAGACAAAACGACCCUGAUUUUUCCGAUCCAGAUGGCCUGAUACAAACCAAGAGCUUCCCUCCGCCCAAAACUCCGUCUCCACCCUCGAACCCGAAAAAACCAUCCUCGGCCCGCAAACCUCCUGCUUCCUAA